CGUUGACGUAACGUAAUGCUAAGGAUCAUGUGCGAUGUCUGCCCGCACACAUUAAACAAAAACGAGUCGGGAGUCAUUCAUUUGUUUUUCGGAGUUGUGUGUGAAUGAUAGGCGCCGAGGCCCCGACAAUCGCGAAUUGUGAAUAGUGCGUUGACAUUUGCUGCUGUUACAUAGUCAAUUUACAAGGUUAUAAUUGAUAUUGCAAAUGUCUUUGUCGUGACAUCAUUUGUGGCCGUAGAUAGUGAACGUAAAACCAAGGGUGUGUUAAGUUAGCGGGACGUGCCAAUUGUCAAUGUUGUAGUGACAAGUGAGUGAGGCAAAUGACGUGUGGUCGCUGGGCAUUGAUGACCUCUACUAUCCAAGCGGUGAUUUUAUAAUCGAAAUUCAGGAUGCUGCAACAGAUACUUCAAGAGAUGUGGGUCGAUCCCGAGAUACUCGCCGGCCUGGACGAAGAACAGAAGCAGACGCUGUUUUGCAAGAUGCGCGAGGAGCAAGUCAGAAAGUGGAAAAUUUGGGACGACCAACUACAGACCGAUCCGAUCAAGCAUCGCAAGCUCAAUAGGAAAAAUGUGACCUUCAUGCAAGGUUCCAACGGGGAGCCGUGGGUUUGGGUGAUGGGCGAGCACGAAAACGACAAGAGCAUCGAGGACAUUUUAAAAGACGAGGCCAUAGAGAAAGCGCGACGUUUAGCGGAGAAAGAAGCGGAAGAGUUGCGGAAACAAGUGGAGGCCGAACUGUCCGAAUACAUAGACUUAACACCGAAAAUAGAAAUACCUCCUCCCAAGUUGAAAAUCGAGGACGACGUGGACAUAUAUUGUUCGGUCGACGAGCUUAGGGAGAAAAUGACGAAACCGGCUAGAAACAAUAACUUUACUUUUAAUUAUUACAACAGCAAAUUGGGCAUGUUCGAUACUAGAGACGUUUUACAAGAAAUUUCGCUUAACACCCAGAAGGUGGCGCAACGAGUAGCUUUAUGGGAGAAAAGACUGACCGAGGAGAGGACCUGUGAGAUUUUCCAACGAAUGCAGAAGAAACGUAUGGAAACUGCCAAAGAAGCGGAGGAAGCGGAAAAGAAACAGGAACAUCUGUGGAAAGAACAAGAACGGAAAGCAAAAGAAGCGGAGCAACAAAUACGGGAAAUUGCGAGAAAAGCGCGAGAGCAACAUAGGCUGAAUAGUGCGGCAAUGUUAGAUAACACAUACAGUGAGGUUUCUGGCGUUCCUCCCGGUAAACAAGCUGUUUUGGAAUGGUAUAGGAAGAGUGAGCUUACGAAAAAAGCGGGCAUGGAUGUUAUGAAUAAUGUAGAACCUUGGUUUCAUGGUCUUAUAACACGACUAGAAGCGGAGAGCCUACUAUCGGACCAACCCGAUGGAACCUUUCUGGUGAGGUUAUCGGAAAGAAUUUGGGGUUAUGCAUUAUCAUAUCGUGCUCCGGAUAAAUGCAAACAUUAUCUAGUCAAUGCCGGCAAGCAUUACAACUUUUUCGGAACGAACCACGUGGAGCACAAAAGUUUAAGUGAUCUCAUUUCGUAUCAUCGACAGUUUCCGUUGUCGGGAGGGGAAAGGUUAAAGCAGGCGUGUCCGAGGAACGGAACCGCGUCCCUAAUCGAAUUACUCGGAGAAUCGGCGUAGAUCUAAAUUUAGAAUUAGUUUGUUUUUGUGAUAAGUUUUUAUUCGAUUACAUUAAUUUUAUUAUUA